GGUGCCCUGGGGGUGGGGAAGUCUCUCUCUCUCUCUCUGGGUUUGUACAAGUUCCCGAUCCCGGCGGCUCCAGCUCCCCCGCCGCAAUGCUCGCUCUCCUAGGCCUCCUGCUAGCCCUUGUGCUGAGUGGCCUCGUGGUGCGCUCCUGGUGCCCGUUCCUGGGCCACGACGUGCGGGUGUUUUGCCGGGCGGCGGGGCUGGCGCUGCGGACCUGGGGAUACAGCAGGAGGCAGCCCCCGGUCACUCUGCUCGAUGUGUUCCUGCAGAGAGUGAGGCAGCAGCCGGACAAGGCGCUGCUGCUGUUCCAGGGCCGGCCUUUCACCUACUCGGAGAUGGACAGACACAGUAACCGGCUGGCCAGGGUCCUGCAGGGCCGGGCUCCCCUCCACCAGGGAGACUGUGUGGCGGUCCUCCUCAGUAACCAGCCCCUGUUUGUCUCUGUCUGGCUGGCUCUCGCUAAACUCGGCUGCUCCGUGGCUUUCCUGAACUUCAACAUCAGGGCGAGGUCUCUGCUGCACUGCCUACAGUGCUGCACCCCGCGGGUGCUCAUCGUCGGACAAGACUUGAGAUGCUUAGUGGAGGAUGUGCUGCCCAGUCUAAGAGAAGAGAAUGUCACUGUUUUAAUUUUGGAUGAAAAGUGUACCACAGAAAGCAUUGGGAAAGAUGAGAUUCAAGCUGCAUCUGACCAGCCAUUACCUCUAUCCCUCCGAUCGCACGUUACCUUCAAAACCCCCUUUGUCUAUAUCUAUACGUCUGGAACAACAGGUUUACCCAAAGCUGCAAUCAUCACUCACGCUCGGGUACACCGCAUGGUCUCCUUCAUUAUAACUUGUGGCAUCCAAAGCAAUGAUGUGAUUUACACCACUCUGCCUCUUUACCACAGUGCUGGUUCUUUGAUUGGAGUUUGUGGCAGCAUUUACGCAGGGGCAACUGUUGUCUUGCGCCAAAAGUUUUCUGCCAGCCAGUUCUGGGAUGACUGCCGGAAGUAUGAUGUCACUGUUAUCCAGUACAUUGGGGAGGUGUUACGCUAUCUCUGCAACAGUCCAAAGAAAAGCAACGAUAGGGAUCACAAGGUGAGGAUGGCUUUGGGGAAUGGUGCACGGCCAGAUGUCUGGAAAGAGUUUUUAAAUCGUUUUGGAAAUAUCCAAGUUUGUGAGUUUUAUGGUGCCACGGAAGGAAAUGUUGGCUUUUUUAACAGUACGGGCAAAAUCGGUGCGUCGGGGAGGAUCAGCGUUUUGACCAGGAUGUUCAUGCCGUUUCACCUGGUUAAAUAUGAUGUUGACUGGGAAGCACCUGUACGAGAUGCUAAUGGUCAUUGCAUUGAAGUUGCUAAAGGAGAAACUGGACUUCUCAUCGCGAAAAUCACAGCCAAAUCCCCGUUCAUUGGGUAUGCAGGGAAUAACGCCCUAACCAAUCAGAAGCAUCUGAGAGAUGUGUUCUGCAAAGGAGAUCUUUACUUCAACAGCGGAGAUCUCAUGAUGCUUGACAAUGACAAUUUCAUCUACUUCAAAGACAGAAUUGGAGACACAUUCAGAUGGAAAGGGGAGAAUGUGUCCACCACUGAGGUGGCUGAUAUUCUGUCGGUGCUGGAUUUUAUUCAGGAAGUCUGUGUUUACGGAGUUACUGUUCCAGGUCAUGAAGGUAGGAUAGGAAUGGCUGCCAUUCAGAUGCGGAAUGGGAGGGAUUUGGAUGGAGAACAACUGUAUGAAUAUGUGAGAGCUCAACUCCCUAGUUAUGCAUGGCCCUGGUUUGUGAGAGAACAGAAAUCACUUGAGACAACGGGAACCUUUAAAUACUAUAAAGUGGCGCUGAUGAAGGAAGGUUUCAACCCAAUGACUGUCCAAGAGCCACUCUAUGUCCUUGAUAAACAGAAAGGAACCUACAUCCCAUUGGACCAGGAACUCUACAACAGCAUCAUUGCUGGUCAAGUGAAACUGUGAUGUAAUGUCCCUGUCCUGCUCAAGUGCCUUGAUUGGCUGUUGUAGAAUUGAGAAGUUUAGAGGGAAAGUGUUUCAUUCUAAUGUUGUAUUUUUGUACAAUGUGAGAGAUGGAGAGGGGUUGGGGAGUAAUUACCUUCACUUGACACCUAGAGUCACAGAGAGGUACAGCAUGGAAACAGAUCCUUCAGUCCAACCCUUCCAUGCUGACCAGAUAUCCCAACCUAAAGUAGUCCCAUUUGCCAGCACUUGGCCCAUAUCCCUCCAAACCCUUCCUGUUCAUAUACCCAUCCAAUUGCCUCUUAAAUGUUGUAAUUGUACCAGCCUCCUCCACUUCCUCUGGCAGCACAUUCCAUACAUGCACCACCCUCUGUGUGAAAAAAUUGCCCGUUAGGUUCCUUUUCAAAUUUUUCUCUUUUCACCCUAAGCUUACGCCCUCUAGUUCUGGACUCCCCCACCCCAGGGAAAAUACCUUGUCUACUUAUCCUAUCUGUGCCUCUCAUGAUUUUGUAAACCUCUUUUGGUCACCCCUCAGCCUCCAGUGCUCCAGGGAAAACACCCCCAGCCUAUUCAACCUUUCCCAACAGCUCAAAUCCUCCAAUCCUGGCAACAUCCUUGGAAAUCUUUUCUGAAUCCUUUCAAGUUUCACAACAUCUUUCCAAUAGGAAGGAGACCAGAAUUGCACGCAAUAUUCCAAUAGUAGCCUAACCAAUGUCCUGUACAGUUGCAACAUGACCUCCCAACCCCUGUACUUAUACUCUGACUAAUAAAGGAAAGCCCCUGAUUAAUUAUUAAA